UGCCCAGGUGAGGUAUAGCAUCAGCCGGACCUACCCCAUGGGCCUCGAUUCCCACUUCGUCGUGGGUAGCGUCACCGGUGUCCUCUCUGUGGCCGUUCCUCUCAUGAACAGUGACACUAGCCAGGUUGCUGUGUUGGUGCGGGCUACGGACUCUGGCACACCUCCACUAUUCUCUGAUGUUAAUGUUACAAUUAGUCUCCUGACACCAGGAAGCACGUGUGGAGAUACAGCCUGUCCGCCUGUUGCGCCGAUUCUACACUGUGAGGAGUCAUCAUCAUCAUGUUGCAGCAGGUGCGAGCAAGGAUACUUCUGGGGCGCUGCUGCUUGUGACGCAUGCCCUCCCCCACAUGCUGGAUGCCGUGACGUGAUCUGCAUGUCCCCCAGCAACGUCAGUUGUACCAGCUGUCAUCCGGGCUUCUACCUCAAGGGCAGCACCUGUUUGGAGGGCAGUGUAGCAGGCGAUACAACUGACCCAGAGGAAGCGUCAAACGUCAUCUACAUUGUAGUUGGAGCUGUAGGUGGUGCAGUUGCUGGCUGCUUCGUUACCGCCGUCAUCGUCAUCGUGUGGAUGAAGAGGAGAACCAAACCUAGAGAGGACAAUGCUAACAACACAAACAUGUACACAUCGGCCUCCCAUUACGAGGACGUAGAUAACCAUUAUAGUAAAAUAGAGAUGCGGUACGUCAACACUAGGGGUAUAACAGAGACUGGUACUCCGGAUUAUGUGAACGGGACUUAGAACAAAGAAGCUGUUUACAGCCCUCUCCAGCGCAACAGGGAACGCGGAAACAUGGAGGAAAAAGAAACAGAUUACUGUAACAUCACCCAUGAUAGUGCCAGUGCAAACUGAAUAGGGAGAUUUUAAGAAGGUUUUUUUUGCGCCGUGCUCAUGAAUUAUUUUCAUAUUUAUGUAAUAUUCAUGUUUAUGUAAAAUUCAAAGUGUAUUAGGUAACUGGCUAUUUGUGCACGAACACCUGUCAAUACUUAUCCUUCAGUGUAACUAUCUUCACCUGUGCACGGGACAAAAUAACCUUGAUACCACAUAUCAAGUUCACAACAAGGAAGAUUUAUCAGCCUCAAGUGGAUGCUCAACAUUGUGAUAACAUUGAGGAAAUAUUCUGACGGAAGAUACUAGUAGAUGUGCAACAAAAUAUAUUUAAAGUACGCACCUAAUGAGAUUUGUUUAGAAAAGAAUAGUCUUGGAAUACAGUCAAGAUGUGAAAAUGAAUGAGGACCUUUUUGUUACCCUUUAUGUCCUGACAUCUAACUUACCACUUAUCAGCAGAGACUGUCUUCACUGUAACCUGCACAAGUUAACUCUGUCUUUACAACAGGAGCGCAUUCCGUUAGACUUUCACCCCUUCUGCCCUGAAGUAGGGUAUUCUGUUUGACUGAUACUUUAAACAGCUGCUGGACACACUAAAAGAUUUAGCAUAGUCGUUUAAUACAGAUUCCUUUGAAAGUU